AUUCCCCUUUGUUCAGAUUCGCCAUUUUGCGAGGCAGCGGCAGUGGCGGCGGCGGCGGCGGCUGGAGCCUCUGAUUGGGUUUCGGGGUCCGGUACUGGAGCCAAUCAGCGCGGGCAGCGAACCGGGGGAGCGAGGCACGGAGUCCCUACCUGGCAGCUGCCUGGGAUCUGUAGAGUGAAGCUUCAGGACACAACGUGGCCGGGCCAUGGAGCAGUAUACAGCAAACAGCAAUAGUUCCACAGAGCAGAUCGUGGUGCAGGCUGGCCAGAUUCAGCAGCAGCAGCAGGGUGGUGUCACUGCUGUCCAGCUGCAGACUGAGGCCCAGGUGGCAUCCGCCUCAGGCCAGCAAGUCCAGACCCUCCAGGUUCAGGGGCAGCCAUUAAUGGUGCAAGUCAGUGGAGGCCAGCUGAUUACAUCAACUGGCCAACCCAUCAUGGUACAGGCUGUGCCUGGUGGACAAGGCCAAACUAUCAUGCAAGUACCUGUGUCUGGAACACAAGGUUUACAGCAGAUACAGUUGGUACCCCCUGGACAGAUCCAGAUCCAGGGCGGGCAGGCUGUGCAGGUGCAAGGCCAGCAGGGACAGACCCAGCAGAUCAUCAUUCAGCAGCCACAGACCGCGGUCACCGCUGGCCAGACUCAGACACAACAACAGAUUGCUGUCCAGGGACAGCAAGUGGCCCAGACUGCUGAAGGGCAGACUAUUGUCUACCAGCCAGUUAAUGCAGAUGGCACAAUCCUCCAGCAAGUUACAGUCCCUGUUUCAGGCAUGAUCACCAUCCCAGCAGCCAGUUUGGCAGGGGCACAGAUCGUUCAGACAGGAGCCAAUACCAACACAACCAGUAGUGGACAAGGGACUGUCACUGUGACACUGCCAGUGGCAGGGAAUGUGGUCAACUCAGGAGGAAUGGUCAUGAUGGUACCAGGGGCUGGCUCUGUGCCUGCUAUCCAAAGAAUCCCUUUACCUGGGGCAGAGAUGCUGGAAGAAGAGCCCCUGUACGUGAACGCCAAACAGUAUCACCGCAUCCUUAAGAGGAGACAAGCGAGGGCCAAGCUAGAGGCAGAAGGGAAGAUCCCAAAGGAAAGAAGGAAAUACCUCCAUGAGUCUCGGCACCGACACGCCAUGGCACGGAAGCGUGGGGAAGGGGGCCGCUUCUUCUCUCCAAAAGAAAAGGACAGUCCUCACAUGCAGGAUCCAAACCAAGCUGAUGAAGAAGCCAUGACACAGAUCAUCCGAGUUUCCUAACCACAGGAGGGUGGCAGAGCGGAUGAGUCACAGUCCUCUCCACUGUUCCUGGAAAUGGACUGACUUCCAGUUGGGCACUGACAGUCUCACUCUGCCCUUUCUCAGGACAGAAACUACUUAGCUCAGUAUUACAGCUGCAGUGAUGGCUGACAAACUGAAGAGGCAAGCUUUUGUCUCUCCCUUUCAUUGAGGACCUGUUCAGACUGUUGGUGACAUUGACCUUUUACAAAUUUGGAUGAUUAAAGAGGUAUUUGCCAGCCCAGCAUUACAAACCCAGCACUUAUGUUGAGUGGUUAAGCCAGCCAGUCAGCCAUUGCAGUAGGGGAGAACAGCCUUCUCAACCUGGUCCUCAGUCAAGGCAGCCACAGCCUCUGCCCCCCUGUGGAGUCUCAACAGCGUCCAUCCCCUGGUGGGAUGUCGGGCUGCCUGAUGCAAGGCACUGCACUCAGGUGGCUCCCUGUUAAGACAAACUAAGCUGCAGUCUUCUGACCUGUGCUGAUAGGAGUCUGCCCACAUGCUAGGUUGGUAUUUUUUUACUUCAGUCAAGAAAGUACAAAGAAGAUAUUUUUGGACUCAGGAUGAAAGGAUAGAAAACCUAGGGGGUCUAGAAGGUACAUUUCUAGCUUUGACUGUGGUCUGCGCAUUUCUGUUAACAGCCAUUCUGGGCCAUAGUUCACACUGUGGCCACUUUAGAGACAGUUUAGAGAGUAGAGAACAAAACUUCACAACAUCUGUGCUGAAGUAUUGAGGAUGUUCACAGUUGUUCUUCAACAGAGGCAAAGCUAGGAGAUUUAAUCAUGGGCUUUAUGGCAGCAAGUAGGAACUGGAAGGGUCUGUGCAUUUCAAUCCAGAGAACACGUGCCCUGCCGGCCGAAGUGCUUGGGUAGAGCAUGGGUCUCCAGCACGGCUCUCAGGAUGAAGAAAGCAGCCACAUUCACACUGACACUUCGGACGUGCACUAGAAGAGAAAGAAUCCUCAUUGCCUGAAGAAGCACUGUUGAGACCGCUGUCCUGGACGCAGACUGGAGCACAGCGUGGAGGAGAGACAUAUGUGUCGCCCUUGCUUGGGUGGAUGAAUGUUCUUCCCAUGGCAGCUGAUUUCUUUGGUGCCAGUUCCCACUGUUUUCUCCUUUCUCUGUAGGCCUUGCAGCAAGGUUUGCUCACUGCAUCAGUGCUGUGGGAACCAACAACCUGCCAGGAUUCCUGCAGGGUCAGGAAUUGGGCCUCAGAAAUAUGUUUUCUGGACAAGCACUCUACCACUGAGCCACACACAUACCCUAGCCCCAGCCCCAGCUCUGUAGAUGCUGAGGCCUGGAAAAAAAGACCAAGGUUGAUACAUCAGAAGAGUUGGCUGCCUUCUCUGCAAUCAAAGUCAAACGCAGUCCUUCCAAAGACACGUCUAAAGACUGGCUCUUUGACUUUGUUAAAGAUGGAAAGACUCUAACCUUAUAAAGAAUUAUCACGGGGAGACCAGUUUAAUUGGAGAAGCAUGAAGUAAGCCAUCUCUUCCUAUCCCAGGAGUCUUGCCAUUUCUUCUGGCUUCCAGAGGUCAGAGGGGGCUGAUCCUUUUUAGUAAACUCACUACAAACUUCUGGCUCUCACAUGAGCUUCCGGGUGUCACUGAAAACCGUGAGGAAUCUCUACCUUUGAGGGGGAGAGGAUUCUAAGGGUUUCUCCAGGGAUUCCUCAGACUUAACUGUAGUGCUUCAGCCAGCAAUUGUAGAGUGCUAUUUAUUUGUGUCUGUGAGUUUGUACAUAACCCUAACCUCAUAUUGUUGCUGAGUUUCAUUUUGAGGAAGGCAAGUUUGAGUUUUCUUUCCUUUAAUGUAGAUGCUCGGGUUUCCAUUUUGUUGCUGCAUUGCAGUUGGCCCAUGGCCCUGUGGGUGUGGUCCUUCUGAUUCUAGCACAGCGUAAAAAGAGCCCACAGAGGCCAGAGAGGCUCACUUGGAUUUCUUUUUGUUUGUUUGUUUAACUUAGUUCUUUUUACUUGUUUGUUCUUGUGAUUGUAGUGAUGGCUUCAAAGAUACAGAGUAAGUGGAGGAGUGGGCUGCUGGUCUACUGGGCACUCUACUUCCUGUUACAGGAUAACUGUAAAUGUACAUAUUUUAAUUGCACUGGUAAUGGGACACGCCAGUGUCUAGACCACUGCACCAACAGCCUCUCCUGGCUACAGGGUGCCUGAUAAUAAUGUCUUGAUUUUCCUUUGGGACUCAGCUAUGUAGGUCUUCCCCCGCCCCCGCCCCCCAGUAGGGGAGUACAGGUGAUCACUGUCAUUGCAAUUGCUUUUCUUUUUUAAUAAAUUUAUAAAAAUACUAAAAA